GCCCUUUUGUCCAUGCGGCAGAUUCCAUUUUCAAAAGUGUACUUUUCGAGCUGUCCCCACACACACACACACACACACACCUAUUUUGGCGCCAACGAAAAACAACAACGGUGAUGGACUUCCUUUCUGCGCCGUGGAUUGUGCGCACAUAUGAAGAGGCGGAGGAGGAAGUGAUCGCUGGCACGGGCGCCAGACGCGUGCAGCUGGUCUUUGCUGCAACGCAGGCGUCCAGGCUGCCUGGAUCAGAUCAAAGGGUCGUGUGCGGUUGUAUCAGUGACCAGCACGUCAUCGUACCCGCCGUAUUCUCCGAGGAAGCACUUGAACAGCUGCAGGCAGACUCGCAGAUGGAUGUGGAGCUCGAAGGAGCGCGUGGCUGGCUGCUCCUCUUGAAGAAAUACUGGCUGCGUCCAACCCUGGGCUACGACAACGUGUGCUGCGUGAUUGACCUGUUUGAGGUCUGCAGCAGCGACGACCACCUCCUGAUUGGAUCCCCAACACAUUCGCGCAACCACAAGGCGCUCCUGCAAGCCCUGCAGCGCAAGGCGACGGCGCAACCGGAGAGCAUUGCCGACGCCGCCGCCAAUGUGCAGGAGUCACAGGCGCCGGACGAGCCCACCUCCCUCGUCGGCCUACUCCAGUCCCUCUUUGACUUUGAGGAAGCGGCAUCGCAGAGCCAGCACUGGCCAAUUGACACGCCGCACAGCCAGCACUGGCUCAGUGGCAGUCGCCGCGGCGAUAAUGACGGUGGAGACGCUGCCCAACAGGCGGAGCACCACAAGCGUCUUGAUGAUGACAGCGACCACAGCGGUUCAGGGCGUGCAACUGGCCACGGCCAAGCUCAUCAUGCCACAACUGCGUCCACCAACGAUGACAGCAAUGUCACGGCCAACAACCCCAACAACAGCAGCAAGAGGAAAGAGGGCAGCGAGAGCGCGACAAGGUCGCCUGCGCACCAACAGGGCAAUGGGAUGUCCGCGUCGCUGGCGGCUUGCGAUGUCACGCCAUGUAGUCAACAAUCACAAGACAUAACGGUCAGCUCCCAGGCCUUUGACUUUGCAACGGCCGCCGCCAACUCGCAGCGAAGCCUGUUUGGGGACGUCACGGGGUCCACCUUUACAUCACCCAGCACGUGUUCACUCUGCAGCAAGCGCGCACACAUGACCACAAGUGCGCACAUGGAGAGCGAUGGCGGCACUGGCGAUGGUGACGGCAGCCACAUGCCGAGCAGUGAAAGCAGCCACACCAAGCCAGCAGCAACAGCAACAACAGCAGCAACAGCAGCAGCAGCAGCAACAACAACAACAACAGCAACAGCAACAGCAACAGCAACAACAAGAGCUGCUGGCGAGCGGCAGGGCAUAAGAAGAGCGGUGAAGAGGAAGCGAACCCGAAGAAAGAGGCGCGCAGCACCGCUUGCACUCGAUCUCAGCAUCGACGAUGAAACACAGGAGCCAGUGGAAGAUGAUGCGGGAGGACGCACCAUGCCUCCAACCAACUACAAAACACCUGCAGUCACAGCCACAGCGACUGUAUCCGCAACAAAUGGUGCGCGCGUUGUUGUUGACUUUGACACGAGCAGUGGAGAUUCGCAGGACUUGCUCGCAUCUGGACCGUUGUGGUCACAGUACGGGCACAGUAGCGGGAUUGGUGCCAAGCAUUGUGGUGAUGGUGAUGAUGAUGAUGAUGAUGAUGAUGAUGAUGAUGAUGAUGAUGAUGAUGAUGAUGAUGAUGAUGAUGAUGAUGAUGAUGAUGAUGAUGAUGAUGAUGAUGAUGAUGAUGAUGAUGAUGAUGACAAGCCAGGUUAUUGUGCAGUGGCUAGCACUGGUGCUGAAAGGGAAACUGCUGAGCUGGUGCGCAGGUGCCCUGCCGAACACACGACCUUAUGUCAGCCGCUGUCGCCAUCGUCAUUGCUGCUCCAGUCGUCCGUGGAGUUGUUGUCAUCAUCUCUCUGUCGGUCGCUGUCACCGCCAGCACAAGUCGCUGCACAAGACGCGUCGGCACUCGCUUCCAGGACGCCACCGCAGUCUGCGCCAUCAGCGCACACCGAACCACCACGCAAAGCCCCAUCAGCAGCGACUACCUUGUCGUCAUCAUCGUCGCCAUUAUCGCGACCCUUGUCACCACGGUCCACCUUGUCAUUGCCUGUCGCGCGCCGCUUCGUGGGCACAACAGCGGCAAAGCGCCAGCACCGCCAGCGCGAACGACGGCGGGUACCCAGGACUGCGUUGAAGAAGGUGUUGAACGAGUUUGUGAUGCGCAACUAUCACAUUGGCAUGUCAUCUGCAAUGGCCACGCUUUGCUCCAGUGCCUAUCUCCUCACACAGCCGCACCAGCGGUGA